AUGAGCGAAGCAAUAAUGAAUGCAACAAUCGAUGGAGUGCCCAACUCCAGACUACACAUACAGAACAUCCCUCCUCACCUCACGGAGGCCCACCUGAGAAACUUAUUUGGAAACGCAGGUUAUACCAUAACAGACGUGUGCUAUUUUAAUAAAAACAGAAAACAGUCAAACAAUAAUCUCGUGAACAAGAAGAUCUACAACACUGCGCUGAUUACAUUUAACUCACAUGAUGAAGCUUUAAGUGUCUUGAGGAAUAUUAAGAGCAUGAUUGAUACGAGCAAUCAGGAGAAGAGCAUUGAGGCGAAGUUUGCCGUGCCCAAUGUGAAUAACAAUUCGGGUGCAAGGAGUACUAGUAGCGGUCAUGGCGCUGGGAGGAGCGUCGCAGGUAGUGGAGCCGGCCCACGAGGUCCCCUUGGCAACAUGGGACCAUCAGGCGGAACUAACAGUGGCAACAACAGCGGCAACAACAACGCCAACAACAACGGCAAUAACAACGGCAAUAACUUCCAAAGGAGCUUUAACAACAACGACGAUUUUAGCAGCGGCGGAAUGAAUAACUACAAUCAUUUUAGCAGCGCGGGAAAUGUGCAGGGGAAUUUGGCCACUAGGAACAUGAUGAAGGGGAAGAACCCAAACAAUGGAAUGAUUCCGAUGACGAUGAAUGGUGUGAACAAUACGAGUGGCAUGAACGGAGCGCUCAGCCCAAACAAUCUCCAUAUGAAUGGAGGCAUGUUCAAUCAGAAAAAUAAUUUUAUGCUGAAUAAUCCGAAUAUGGGCAAUGGGAAAGGCAUGUCCGAAAUGGGGAAAGCCGAUGGGGAGUUUUCCCCCGGAGGAAACUCCAGCAUGGGGAACAUGCCCGGUGUGGGUGCCGCGGUUGGCGGUGUGAACGCCAUCAACGGUCUGCAUGGCGAGGGCGGCGGAAGCGGAAGUGGAAGCGGAAACCACUGUAACGCCCAGGGAGGAAAUAGACCCGCCAUGUUCAGGCAAAUGCAGAUCCAAAGCAACAACAACACAAACGUCUUCCAAUCGAGCGAUCUCGUAAUGGAGGAAUGUAACGAAAAUGUUGAAGGCCUAAGUCUGUGGGAGAUUUAUAAAGAUAAAAAUAACAACACCUUUUAUUUUAAUAACCUCACGAAACAUAGUCAAUGGAACAAACCCAUACAUCCGAAUAAGUUAUUCCAUUUUAAUAAUAAUGACAAGACAAAGAUGAAUGGUCCCAGUGGAAGCAAUUUGUUCAUUUUUCACAUACCUAGUGAAUGGAGCGAUUUGGAUUUAUUUCAGCACUUCUGUUGCUUUGGAAAUAUAAUAUCGUCCAAAAUUCAGAGAGACAACACGGGGAGGAACUCCGGCUUCGGCUUCGUCAGCUACGACAACAUCCUCAGUGCGCAGCACGCCAUUCAGUUUAUGAAUGGGUACUUCGUCAAUAAUAAGUAUUUGAAGGUGCAGCUGAAGAAGGGCGAGGGCCCGGAGAAAGCAUAG